UAUUAUAUAGACAAGCUCUGAAAAGUAUUGUGAGUUUAGUUAUUCCUUAUUCGUCGCAAAGUGCAUGUUUCACUACUUCCCUCCCGGUUACUGGAAAACAUCAACACAUUUCUAUUCCGAUUUCGGUUGAUUCUAAAAUUGGUCGGCACAAGACAAACAUAAUAGCUUAUAGCUUUCGUGAUGCGUUUCGCGUGUCCUAAUCGAAUGCCCGCUGUCCCUUCAUUUUUUCUGGCCUUCUCCGCCGUGUUUAUGUUUGCGCUUUAUUAUUACAGCAACGCCGCAGCGAAAUGGCAGAACCUUUCUAUUGUUUUUACAUAUCAACCGUACAACUUGAUGGAAGAAACUUUCGGUGAAAACUGGGCCAAAGAACCAGCAGAUAAAUAUUUAGCGCCGUCUUAUUGCACCAUAGAGUAUGCCAACACAAAUCAGCUACAGCAGGAUCAUCCCUGUGUGAUCCGUUUGAUUCGCGAGAGUUACCUGCGCCAACCUGCACCGAAAAACGUGCCCUAUAACAUGAAUCAUUCUGAAACGAUCGAUCCCUCCGACGGGCAAUCUAAAGAGAUUUUGCGACUCCUGCACAAUCAAACUAAUGGUUUUUUCAUCGAAUGCGGUGGAUUCGACGGUGAAUUUCUUUCCAACACCUUGUACAUGGAGCGCUCACUUGAUUGGAGCGGAUUGCUGAUUGAAGCCGACAAGAAAGUGUUCACUCAGCUGAUAUCUCGCAAUCGCAAAGCGUUCACCUCGCCCGCUUGCCUCAGUACCAAACCGUUUCCCAUGGAAGUGGUCUACAAUGGUACCGCCAAAACGUUGGGCGCCAUUAUCGAGGAGAAAGAUGUUAAACAACCGCAAAGCCAGCAUAAAGACACUGAAAACAUUUACAAAAUGCAGUGUUUCCCGCUUUACUCCAUUCUACUUGCAAUUGGUAGGACCGACGUCGACUAUUUUGGACUUGACGUUGAAGGAGCUGAAUAUAAAAUCUUGAAAACCAUUCCUUGGCACAAAGUCAACAUGAAGACGGUGACUGCGGAGUGGAAUCACGUCACCGAAGGCGAACCGGGCUUGACUCGUUUGAUGGAGAGCAACAAAUUUACCAAAACUGGUCUGAUUUCGAAUUAUUAUACCCGCGAAGUUGUCUACAUUCAAAAUUCAUUCAAUAUUUAUAGAGAGAAAUAAAACUUGGUAUAGUCUAA